AUGGCGGCUGGAGAUGGCUCAUCCGAGCCAGGCGACGAUGAGAAGCCACAGGUGGAGCCAGCGCACACCGCGAAGCCGCUUGAUCUAAAGUCGACUGCAGAUGCGACCGACAAGGAGGAGGAUGCAGACGAAGAAGACGAAGAAGAGGACGAGGAGGACGAGGAAGAGCCACGCCUGAAAUAUGCUACAUUGACAAGGAAUUUGAGUCCAUUAUACCGCAAUGGAGAUGCUACAAGCACAUUUCUGGUGGCCGGGGACAAGAUGGCAAGUCAACCUCAUGCCUUUGUGGGAACUCACAAUGGCAAUAUUCAUGUCUUCACCUUGCCCUCUUUGACUCCGUUGCGUGUAUAUCAUGCCCAUACGGCCAGCGUUUCCUCGAUUUCAAUAUCUCCAUAUCUGCCACCCCUCCCUUCGUUCCGAUCCGAACCAGCGCAGAAACUCGCCGCAGCAGCCGCCACCAACAAGGCCCAGUCACCAUCAAGCUCCCCGACACCAAAAGGAAAGCAGCAGCAAACACCGCCGGUGCCAAACGUGCCCUCGAACCAAAUCUACAUCGCGACCUCUUCCAUCGACGGGAACGUCUGCAUUGCAUCCUUGGUGGACCCCCGAGAUGUCCAGCUUCGCAAUUUUGGGAGACCAGUGCAAAGUGUGGCACUUUCGCCGGAGUACAAAUCGGAUCGAAAUUACCUGUCUGGAGGUCAGGCCGGUAGUCUUGUGUUGACUACGGGCGGGCUGCCAGGGAAGAGCGUCAACGCAACUACAACUGGGACUGCGGCUGCAGCAUCUGGCUGGCUCGGGUCUAUGGGUCUGGGACACAAUACAGGUUCUGACAAAGUGUUGCAUAGUGGUGAGGGUGUUAUCAGCACGAUUAGAUGGUCUCUCUCGGGGAAAUAUGUUCUCUGGGUCAAUGAACAGGGAAUCAAGAUCAUGCGAUCGAAUUUGAAAAUGGAACCCAGCGAGUCUGGCCUUGAAUGGAAACGAAUGAGUCACAUUGAUAGGCCCAAUCGCCCCGGCUGGGAAGAGAUGGCUGGGGUCUGGAAAGCUCGUGCUGAAUGGAUCGAUCGAGACAACCUCGAAAACGACAAUGACUACCCUUCCAACAGUGUCACAUCCGCUUCGGCAAAUGGAGCCACUACAAAACCUGCCCACGACAAGAGCAAAGUCGAGGAGCUGUUGGUCGGUUGGGGAGAUUCGGCGUGGAUUAUCAGAGUCUAUCCGGGAUCUACGGAGAAUGGUAGUGAGAACAAGAUUGGACGCGCAGAGGUCGCUACGAUUAUACGAUUUGAUGACUGUACAAUAUCUGGAAUUUCGCUCUAUACCCCGACUCUGCUUUUAGUCCUUGCAUACAUGGAGAAAAAGGGGAGUAAGUCGACGUCACAAGGUAAUGAAGGAGGCAAAAGAGGACGGCGCAUACGACAUAAUGCGCUGGAACCGGAGCUGCGUUUGGUUGACAUCAACACGAAGGAAGAAAUCGACACAGAUACUCUAACCGUAAGCCGGUUCGAGACUCUUUCAUCGUCAGACUACCAUUUGUCUGUCCUUCCUCCAGUCCGGAUACCUGCCGGGCUCGUUCCAAAGGGGUAUCUCAGCACAAUCGGCUCUGGUAUCGGGACAGUGGGAACCAGUCUCUACACCGGAGUAGAGACUGUCAGUCAGGGCAUGUGGGAUGCCACAAUGUACGGACCGCGGAUGCUGGGAGCAAAUCGACUCUUCAGUGGCUCAGAAAGUAUCAGAAGUGGCAUGAGCGGUCCUGAACGCGUUGGAAGCACUCGCGACCGCCAUUAUCUUUCGGGUUGGCUCCCUGGAUUCGGGUCGAAUGAGACGCAUACCAACGAAGAAACGACCAGCUUUGUAACUGCACAGAGCAUGAAGGUAUUCAUCUGCAGUCCGUAUGACUGUAUUCUGGCAGUCAAACGCAACCUCAUUGAUCGACUGCAAUGGUUGUUGAGUGUAAAGCGGUAUCAGCAAGCCUGGGAUCUGGUCGAUCAGCAUCCAGAAGCAGCCGGUACCAUAGCAGAUGCUUCCGAAUCGUCGUCCCCACCAAGUCCGUCAAAGGCGAGUUCCCUUGCAAAGUCUGGCUCGGCUGUUACAGCCAGCCCAGCACUAGCGCGUCAAGAGGCUACACUGGCUGAAUUUUUCGCCGAUUCAGCCUCGAUGGCAAGCUCGGCGCAAAACAGAACCAAAUCCAAGUUUUCCGGGUCAGAGAAGGAGAAGCGCAGAAUAGGUGAGCUUUGGCUUAAACAGCUGGUCGAAGCGAGCAAGUGGCCGGAAGCUGGAGAAGUGGCUGCGAAAGUGCUCAACACCACCACCCGAUGGGAACAUUGGAUCUGGGUUUUCAUCCAGAAUCAGAAGUUUGACGAGAUUUCGCCCCAUGUACCAACGCUGGAAUUGACCCCUCCUCUACCAUCGUCAAUCUUUGAACUGAUCCUUGGACAUUAUGUCGAGACGGACAGACUCCGAUUCCAAGAGCUACUUGAUCAGUGGCCUUCAGACUUGUUUGAAAUCGGCAGCAUAACUACCGCGAUCGAAGACCAAAUCCGGGGGGGCGGUGCCCUCAAGGGGUCAGAAGGCCGGAGAAUCUUGCAAGAAAGCCUAGCGAAACUGUAUCUGGCUGAUGGGCAUUAUAACGAAGCGCUCAAGUGCUAUAUCAACCUCCAGGAUGCAGACACAGCCAUGGCGCUAAUAAAGGAUCAUCAUCUGAUCGAUGCGAUUGCCGAUGAUGUUCCUAGUUUUGUGAUGCUUCGCAUUUCACCUUCCCAGCUGGAUUCCGCAUCUCAAGAGGAAUUGGAGGAGUUGGUUUCUGAUCCAAUUAAGGUGCUCGUGGAUGAAGCAUCCGCGGGCGUGGUCGAGCCCGAGGAAGUGGUUGCGCAAUUGGACACACCUCCUUUAAAGCCUUUUCUUUACUUUUACCUCAAGGCCCUCUGGCACGGUGACGGUACACAGAGCCUCUCUGCCACUCCACGUGUCGGUCACUCAGCAGUCGCGACAUCUCUUGUUGCGGACGCGGGGAAACAGCUGGUCGAGCGGUUUGCCGACAUUGCCGUUGAGCUAUUUGCACAAUAUGGCCGUGACCUCCUGAUGGAAUUCUUGCAAACUUCCACUGCAUACACGUUUGAAAAGGCCGUCAAGUUGUGUGAGCAGAAGCAUUACGUUGAAGAGCUGGUAUAUCUCUUGAGCAAAACAGGCCAGAUGAAAAAGGCACUAUUCCUAAUCAUCGACGAACUCAAGGACGUCUCCAAGGCCAUCGCCUUUGCCAAAGAACAAGACGAUCCAGGGCUGUGGGACGACUUACUUGAAUAUAGCAUGUCACGACCGCGAUUCAUCUCGGGUCUUUUGGCCGAGGUAGGGACCGCCAUUGACCCGAUAACUUUGGUCAAACGGAUACCUUCCGGUCUCGAAGUCGAAGGCUUGAAGGAUGGCUUGAGGAAGAUGAUACGGGAAUAUGACUUACAGGACAGCAUCAGCUCCGGGGUGGCGCGAGUUCUGAGCAGCGAGGUCGCUGUCGGAAUGGAAGCAUUACGACGAGGGCGAAGGAAGGGUAUCAAAUUUGACGUUUUGGGCCCUAUUUCUCGUCAUCAGGCGCAUACAGCGCAACCUGUGGACGACACCGGAGAGCCGCAGUUAGAGCCACGGCCCGAGCCAGAAGUCCAAUCUGGACGUUGCGCAUCGUGCCGAAAUGCAUUCCGCGAGGAGGAGACAGAAACCCUUGUUGGAUUUGCUUGUGGACAUGUCUAUCACGUUUCUCAUCUCCUGCAUGGACCAGACGCCAAAGGAGAUGAGAUGCCCUUACCUCAGUUGGGGUUCGCACACCAGAAUCAGGAUCACGACGGCGACCUCGAAGAAACGAGGUUUUCCAGGUCAGUAGGGCCCAAGGUCACGAAUGCGAGGCUCCUAAAGGACAGGGUCUCAGCCGUGGGUGGGUGUGGCAUUUGCAAGGAGACCAGAGACAGGGCAGAAGCUGUGGGAGGAUAG